AUGUGGUUAUUGUGGUUGGUCACAUUUUUCAUCGUGAAAGUCAGAAGACGGCAGCAGCCCUCUGCAAUGUCGUCUAGUCCCGAAGCAAGUCGAGAUUGGUCACCACCAAUCAUGCCUACGCAACCGGACGGGGUUCAAGGUUCUGGCGCAGCUGGAUCCAUUGAAAUUGUUGUGCAUAGCGUUAUGGAUGGUGUGAAAGAUGCAAAAAUUAUGAUACCAACAGAUGCUACAUUGUUUGAAAUGAAAAGACAUAUAACAAUGGCAACUGGUGUAUCUCCAGAACGACAACUACUCCUCUAUAAAGAUAAGGAAUUGAAGGAUGACGACUCUCCAAUCUCUUCGUACGAUAUUACAAAACCAUGUACGAUAAUAAUGAAUGUAAAAAUGAAUACGGGUGUGAAAACCGACCAAAUUGGUUUGAAAGUAGCCGAAAUAAUGUGUUUUCUACCUAUGCUUAUGCCUUCUGACAAUCUUUCUGAUAUUCGUAACAAAAUAUGCACGAUGACUGACAUUCAAGAACGAAAACAGCACCGAUGGAACCCGGUAGUUGACGAAAACUCGUCAAAAUGGACUCCAGCGAAACAACUGGAACACCAAUUGACGAGGAAUCGAAUGAAGAUGCUCUUACGUAAGAGAAAACGAACAGCGAUUCGCUCGUAUACUCCACCACAAACUCCCGGUUCGGUGAUUAGCCGUUCACCAGCUGAAUCGCCACCACGAAUUGAGCUUGCUGGCGGAUGCACUUCCUCUCCAAACAAGAAUUUUUCAAUGAUCGUUGGCCAAGAAAUCAGUGAGAAGGAACUAAAGUGUUUCUUUGAGCCACCAGAAUGUCUAGACGAAUUGCUGAGAAAACGAGACAAUCUGUUUCUACCUGCAGAAUCUGAAUUAGAAUUGGAAGAGAUCAAAGAAAAACGAAGACAAGCGCUGAGAACCACAUGCAAGGUCUGUGAUCGUAAAUUGACACUAUACGAACAACAAAUCCAUUGUCUUUGUCGCCUUGUUUUCUGCAAUAUGCACCGUGAACCAAGCGCACACCUUUGUCAAAUCGAUUACAAGCAUAGAGGCCGUCGUGAAAUCAGCAAGGGAAAUCCACGAGUUGACAGUAGAAGUGCACGUAAAGCCCAGCUGUUAAAGUAA